GAACUUGACAGAUCAACGGGAAACUUAUUAAAGAAAUGAUAGCUUUGUUAUGGACUAACUUACUCCAGAUCAUUCUCUCAUAACACUGAGAAUGGCAACCACACCUAUAAAGCUUGAUGAAAAUCUGAGCUCGAGUGAGUUUAUUCAUGUGAGCAGAGAUUCCUCUCUUCUGUUGACAAGCAGUAAUGUAUCUGUGUCUGAAGAGUCUUCAAAUUCACCCCAAGAAAAUAUUACUCCUGUUUCUGUGGCAUCUCAGGAGGAACCUGUAGGAGAUUUUAAUUUGUCCCCUCAUGACAGUAUUGGAUUUAAUUCAGUAAAUGAGGAUGUUUUGAUCGAUAAUUCUGGAAACAGUCUGCAUGAAAGUAUCUCCAUCAUUGAUCAAAGCCAGACAUCACCGAAUACUUCUCAGCAAUCCGGACUUGUUAAUCCACGUGUGGCACAGAUCUUGAAUGACAUUGUAAAUGAAAGACAACUAUCUCAUUCUGGUACAGCCUCCACAAUUACUGCAGAUAACCAAAACCUACAACCUACUGGGCUGAUAACAGAUUCCAGAGAAAGUGACAUAUUCAGGAUGAGCACAACGGAGUCCAGUGAUAGUAUAAUUAUUUUAGACAAUAAUGAUUUCAAAAGUUUUGAACAGUCAUCUGUUACAUCUGACAGAAGUGAAACACAGGUCAUGCAGAUCGUGUCCUCGAAAAAUGAAAGCUUUUCCAUGGUGUCUGCAGAACAAAGUCAAGGCUCACAACCAACCCAGGAGAGUGAGGGACCGGAUAAUGAACUGGGUUUAGUCAGCUUCAAUGGAUUUGAUUCUCUGCUAAACCUACAAGACAAAGUUGGAGAUAAAGAUUCAAAGAAUGAAUCUGAUCUUGAUCCCCCUUUGGACUCACCAGGACCAUGCUUCCAAACAGAUAGGCAUCAUUUGUCAGAAAACACAGAUCUGAAGAACAAAACUUCUGAUUCCUAUUCAGCUGGUUACCAGGUGUCUUCUUAUCAGGCGGAUAACUUGAAGAGUUUUGAAGUACCAAGAAACUCACUCGAAUGGUGGCCAGAGGAAAGUUUAAAGUCAAACAGGGGACUACCUUCAAAAAAUGACGAAUCUUAUGUUUUGCCAGACACCGUGGGUACUUCCCUGAAAAUAGACAGUAGUAGGUCCAUUAAUUUCUGUGCAGCGAAUAGCAGUAUUCAUCACACCUCUGUACAGGAACAGUCCUUUGUGGAAGUUCAAAAGGAUUCCAAUUCAAUACCAAAUCACCCCUCAGCUGGACAAUCUUUGCAAACUUUUUCUGAUUUAAAACCAGGUGAAUCACCAUCAGUUCCAAGACUUUCCAGUGAAAAUAUCAGGAAUACAAAUAUUCCAGGAGAACAGAUGGAAAUUUCUAGUGUUUCUGGAGACCUGCUGCAGGAAUUGCCAUCCAAUGUGCAACAAAAUGUUGAGAGAGAUUCAGAUUUAUUUGGAACAGGAAAAGAAAGUAGUGGGGGACAAUCAUCAGACAAAUGGAGUUUUUUGAAAACAGAAGAGACAAAAUAUGGAAAAACACAGUUUGCUGUAUUAAGGACCCUGGAAGACUUUGUCUCUUUGCAUGGUCGGAUAGAUCGUGACAACCUAAAGGAUGUGUCAAAACUUCUCACAGAUGUUUUGACAAAGGAAACUUCUCAGCAGAAUGGAUCUGAAAGAAACCAGGAGGUGAUGGAAUCAGCAUCAGAAGCUGUUCAGCCUCUUGAUAGUCAGACCUAUGUCAUGGAACUCAGGCAAGCCAGCCAACCUGAGGAGCUCCAGUCUGAUCAGGAAAUGACUGAGGAGAAUUUAGAUGAAGAUGAUGAGUUAGAUUUAGAGGAAGGAGUGUCUACACCAAAAAGAGAAACAGCAGAAGAUGAGGUAGUGACAUUGGCUCAAGGUCACUGUCAGACAAUCCCAGUAUCUAGUGUGCAGUUAAAGCUUCUGUCUAUGAUGGAUGGAAAGUCUGUUCUCAAGAAAAAAUAUGAUGUCACUCUGGUAGAAAAUCUGCAAGACAAGGCUGUAGUUUUACAAGGAAUGAUUGAGAACAUUAACCUGGCCAUCAAGUCAAUCCAAGACAAUGAAUGGCUGGCUGGAUUUUACAUGAAGGUGACACAGUUGCACCCAUUACUGUUACGGUUACUUAGUUUAGAUGAUGUGGCAUCUUUCCUUGACCAUGAGAAAUUGAGUGAAUUGGGAUGCAGGUAUUGUUGGCUGCCUUUAAUUGAGGAAAACCGUCUGGUUCUCUAUGCUGACACAGAGCAAACUGCCCAAACUGUGCUUAACACCAUACUGCAGAACGUUAGUCUGAGAGGCAUAGCCAAACCUAAAGACAUGCAGCAGUUAAAUCAGAAAAUGAAUGAAUUAAUGCAGAAAAAUGAUGGCAAAAUGGUUUGUGAAGAAGAAGAAGAAUUCAUCUACAUUGCAUUUUGCAGUAAUUGGACAGAAGAUGUAAAUCAGUGUCUAAGUUUCUUGGAAGAAAAAGUUAAAGAAAAGGAAACUGAGAAAUUUUUUGAAAUUGAGGAAGAUAUGUUUAGGUACAUUAAGAGAUGGAAAAUGCCAGACAUAGAGAAAAUGGCAAGAAGCCAAUCUGUAGGAAUAGCAGACGGGCCUGGGACAACAUCUGGAAUAAUUGUUAUGGGAACACAAGAGAACAUCAAAGCUGCUGUCAACUUUAUUUUGGAUUUAAUUAAAGAAAUCUCCAGUCAAAGAAUAUCCAUCAAAUCAGAAGAAGCCUAUGAAAUUUUGAAAAUGAACAGUUUUGCUCUUAUUAAGUACCUCGAACGACAUCACCGUAGUUCCAUUAAAGUAGAAGAUUCAGGAAUAUAUCAGAAGGAUCAGGCCCAGAAACUAAAUCCUUCAGGAUGGAGGUUGCAGGAUGUAGGAUUUCCUGUAUUCAGAGUGGAAGGUCAGGUUGACAUUCACAUUUUCUGUGGGGAUGCUUCUCAGACAGAGGCUGAUAUGGUUGUGGAACCUGCUGAUAAAUUGGAGAAUACACCAUAUGGUCAGUGUCGGUUUCUGUACAUACAGGGCCAGAAGAAGAAGGGAGCUAAGGUCAUUGUUCCCCGGUGGAAAGCUGGCAGUGGAAAAGAGAAGCACGAACUGAUGGACAUGCUGGUGGAGAUGUUUGAAGAUCUUCAGAAACAUAGAUACACCUCUGUGACCUUUCCCGUCAGGGACUUUAAGAACUGGCCUUAUGGAAAGUUAACCAAGGCCAUUAUUGUCGCUCUACAGACACACAUAAUGAAAGCGGGGGCUCACUGUGACCUACAGGUGGUAACGCUCUGUGACCCAGAGAGAGACAUCUGUGAGCAGAUCUGCCGUGUAUGUCGAGACGCCUCGGGGGAUAGAAUCAUAGAGACUCCUCCCAAACCUCAGAGAAAGAUGAGACAUGGGCUGAAUAUAAAGGUUAUUAGAGGAGAAAUAGCCAAACAAAAGACAGACGUAAUUGUAAAUACUACAGCCAAAAACUUAGACCUGAAUUCAGGAAAGGUCUCCAAAUCCAUUCUCGAAAUGGCAGGCAAGGGAAUUCAGGAACAGCUAAAGAAGUACAGCCCAAGAGGGAUAACUCCAGGAGAGGUGGCAGUGACGCGAGGUUUCAGCCUGGACUGUAAGUUUGUGUAUCAUGGAGCUCUGGAAUUCUGGCCUCAACUGCAUGCUGCUGAAUCUGAGAAGAACCACUGUAUAAUGGUACUGACAAGGUUUGUGGAGGAAUGUUUGAAUCAAGCAGACCAGCGAGGCCUGAAUGACAUCUCGUUCCCGGCCCUGGGGUGUGGCAAGCUCAAUAUGCCCCCAGCUCAAGUUGCUCCAAUCAUGUUCCGAGUCUUUAAACAGUUUGAGGAGAGGAAUCCCUGGUCUUCCCUGAUGGAGAUUAACGUUGUUAUAUAUCCCGAAAAUAAAAACGUUUUCAAGGAAUUUGAAAAGGAACUGAAAAAGUACAAACAACAGAAAGUGGAAUCUGCAACGAAAGAGAGGAUCCCUCUAACCCGUCAGACCAGUGUUCCUGUGUCGAGAGUUUCAGUAUCAGCCAAGCCCAACAGAGCAGAGUUCUCGUGUGAUGUGAAUGGGAUACAGUUAAAAGCAGGUUUAGGGGACAUAACCAAGCAGGAGGGAUUUGACGGUCUUGUUAGAUUGUUCACCAGUGACAAUCCAUUCCUUAAGACAUUAACUGAUGAUCCUGUACUUAGACGUAUUUCCCCAGACACACUCAAACCAAAAGAGACGAUCUCCAUGUCGUUCAGUAAGAAUUUUGUGACCCCUGCUGGAGACCUGCCCCAGAAGAAAAUAAUCCAUAUACACACCAGCCCAGAUAAACUACAGGAGGCUCUCCUGUUAGCCUUCAGAACAGCGGAGAAGGAGGAGGGCAUUAAAUCACUGAUAAUCCCAGUCAGGUCAAAUGAUCUUUUAUGUGAGGACAGUCAGAUGUUUGUGUCCUCCGUUUUUCUGGCUGUUUGUAAAUUCACCAAACAGAGGAAUCACAGAAGACAAAUCAGAGAAAUCAAGUUAUGUGUCACCGAGCAACAUGUCCUCAACUCUGUUCUCAAGGAGCUACAAUCACACGCCACACAAGAAGAAACUGAUGUAAAGAGAGCAGGACAAUAUGUCACAAGACCAAUGGUUCUGAGAGUGACCACGACUAAAUCUCACAUGGACAGUCUGAUGUCAGAGAUCAGGAACAUUGAGUCAUCACCAGGAGAUCACCGACAGAAAGCUAUGGAGGGAGAAACUGUUAUACCCAAGGUCCCACAAGAUGUGUAUGAAGCCUUCCUCUACUUCUACCAAAAAGACUUGCAAUCACAGCUAACAUUUGUAAACAUGACAUAUGAUGGCCGCUGCUCACAGAUAAUUUUGACUGGGCAAUUUGAAAAUCUUUCUGAAGCUGAGAUGAUGGUAAAACAAAAGUUACAAGAGUUGACAGACAAAAUGCAUGUAGAUACCAUUCCAUUACCAUGCCUGGAAAAUUCAGUUUUGCAGUCCAUGGUGAGUGAAAUACAGCCCCAGUUUGAGGAAGCCCUCCUCUUUGUUCCUUUGGCAGAACAAUUCAAUGGAAUCCAUGUCAUUGCUUUGUCUUCAGAAGAUGCCAAACGAGUGAAAAAUUCAACUUUAGAAAAGAUUUCGCACAUUCCAGGAAAGCCUCAACAGACAUUACCUAUUCUAGCUCCACCAAAGCAACCAAUUCCUGUUGAUUCCAGAAAUGAUGUAUCCACAUUCAUCACAGAGGAGGGUAUCCAGGUGUUUGUUUAUAGAGAGAACAUUCUAGAGCUUCCAGUGUCUUGCAUUGUGAAUGCUGCCAAUGAGUAUUUGCAGCAUGGAUCUGGGGUGGCUUUUGCCAUACUGCAGGCAGCAGGUGAGGCAUUUGAUGAGGCAUGCAAGGAGCACAUAAGGAGAAAUGGACUUGUGAAGGUCGGGACAUGCGCGGAAACAGAGGCUGGCCAGCUACCCUAUGCCUGGGUCAUCAAUGCUGUCGGUCCACGCUGGGACCCUGCUAAGGAGAGUCUGUGUAAAACACAUCUACAUUCUGCCGUGGAAUCCAGCAUUGUAAGAGCUGCACAGUUAGGAAUGGAUUCCAUCGGGCUUCCCGCGAUCAGUUCUGGUAUAUUUGGUAUGCCAGUUGAGUUGUGUGCAUAUCAGUAUGCAUAUGCUGUGAUAUCAGCCAGUGAAAAAAUUAAAGGAUCUUCAAUGAAGGAGAUCCACUUCAUAGACAUGGAUGAACAAGUGGUUUUCAUUAUGAAGCAGAUUUUUGCCUAUGUGUUUAGUGGUCAGAGCGACUUUGUUUCCCUCUCGGUUAAUUCUGCUUCGGUCAGACCCAUUGGUAAUACUACACCAACAGGAGCUUCUGGGCUGGAGGGGAGGUUUACUGCAGGGUUUCCAAAAUCCAGAACUUAUGAAAGAGGAGGUGUGGUUUAUCAUGAAUAUUUGCUAUCUAAUGACUUCACUGUGCAAGUUUACACUGGAAACAUUAUAAAAUCCAAUGCAAAUGCAAUAGUUUGCUUCGAAGACAAGAACUUUAAACAUGAAGGGGAGAUCUCGAGAGCUAUUGCAGACUUAGGGGGUAAAGAAUUCCAAAUUAAAGUAGAAGAAUGCAAAAGCUGUCCCAGCCAGCCUGGAGAUGUUUUUGUGGUGGAAGCAGGGAGGAAUUUUGAUGAGACUGUGUACAUAUUUAUGAUGAUAUCACCUGUGUGUGAUGAAGCGUCCUCAGAAGAAGAAUGGCUACAGAGUGUUACCAAUUGUCACACCAAGAUUUUACAGGAAGCUUGCCAGAAACAGGUCUACAACAUAGCCAUGCCUUUGGUUGUAGCUAAUGAAAAUUCUACAGAAAUUGUGUCAAGUGAUUUGGUGAAACAGGUAACUGACUUCGUUAACACAAAACCAUCUGAUUGUCAAUUAAACUGUAUCCACAUCGUCAGCUCUAAUGAUGAGACAACUCUGGUAGUGACAAGGGCAUUAGAUGUGUAUGUAGGCGAGGAGAGAGACAAAGCCCAAAAAAUGAUGAAACAACAUGAGACCCACGGGGCUGGAAACUGUGAUGAAGAAGUGGCUAUGGAUGUGGAAGAAGAUGGCGUACCAGAUGUCGGGGAGGAUGGUGAACCCAGUCAGACAGCUGACGUCUACACAGCCAAGCAGACGACUUCUGCUACAGGACCAGACAAGGAGCACCCCCAGUGUGUGAUAUGUUUGGAUUCUGUGGCGGAGGACCACGAAACUCUGGAGAAGUGUAAACACAAAUUCUGCAAGCCCUGCAUAGGGAGACAGUUCAAACACAAGCCUGUUUGUCCCACUUGUGGAGAGGUUUAUGGGAUUGUCUGUGGUAACCAACCAGAAGGCACCAUGACAGUUACAACAACUAACCAAAGUAUCCCAGGAUUUCCAAAAUGCAAAACGCAUGUUAUUGUGUAUGAUUUCAAAGAAGGUGUACAAGGGGAAGAGCAUCCUAACCCUGGUGUGCCCUACAGAGGAGAGAGGAGGGUGGCAUAUCUACCGGACUGUCCAAAAGGUCAACUAGCCCUCAAACUUCUACAGAUAGCCUUUGAGAGACGUCUGGUUUUCACCAUUGGUUAUUCAAGAACUACUGGACGUGACAAUGUCAUCACAUGGAAUGAUAUUCACCAUAAAACUAAUGUGCGUGGUGGUCCUGAGAGAUUUGCUUACCCUGAUCCUGACUAUCUAGACAGACUAUUGGAGGAGCUGGCCACGAAAGGAGUGACAGAGAAAGACCUGCAAUAG